AAAUGGAAAGAGAUAUUGCACAAGAAAGCAAUUUAUUUUGUUUCUCGGGAUAUAUGAAUUAUUGAAUUAGGAUUCUGGUGAGAGAAGAGGUUCUUUGUAGCAAGUAGCAACUAUUGGCUUCGUAUAUGUAUGUCUAAAGAUAUUUUCAGACUCUGUGAGGGCUCUCCGUUUAUGCAAUCCUUUUUUGGUGGUGGUGCGUAAUACUAUGAGAGUUCAUAAGCUUCCGAAUAGUGGUUUUUUGUAUAGCUUCUUAGACUCAUCAUAUUUAUCUCUUGCGCAACAUAUUUGAUGUGUAUACUUUGAAAGGAGGUGGCAAACUAGCAAGUCUCGCUGCUAUUAAUUCAUAAUCCGGCUUACAAGGAUCUGUAAAUUUUCAUAAGAUCAAUUAUAGUACACCAGUUCUUCUUUACUACUGUGAUGUAGUUCUCUCUGACAAUAAUAGUAUACAAUACACAAUUCAAGGGGAAGAGAGAGAGAGAGAGAAAGAGUCAAGGGGAGGCUAGUGAAAAGAGGGAGUUCGUUCCUAAAUUUGUAAGGAUAGUUUUGCUUUCUUUAUUUAUCUGUCAAAUAAAAAUUUCUGACAUCUAUUCUCCUCUUCUGUUCAAACAUUUGAGAACAAGUUAAAAAAACAAUGGCACUCGCCAGAAACUCUGAUUCUGAGGAGCAUUUGCAUUCCACUUUCGCUUCCAGAUAUGUCCGUGCUGUUAUUCCCAGGUUCAAGAUGCCUGACAAUUCCAUGCCCAAAGACGCUGCUUAUCAAGUGAUCAGUGAUGAGUUGAUGCUUGAUGGCAACCCCAGGCUUAACCUAGCUUCCUUCGUCACCACUUGGAUGGAACCUGAGUGUGACAAACUCAUCAUGGAAUCUGUUAACAAGAAUUAUGUUGACAUGGAUGAAUAUCCUGUCACUACCGAGCUCCAGAACCGGUGUGUAAAUAUGAUAGCCAACUUGUUCCACGCUCCCGUUGGAGAAGACGAGGCUGCUAUUGGAUGUGGAACCGUUGGUUCAUCUGAGGCUAUAAUGCUUGCCGGUUUAGCUUUCAAAAGGAAAUGGCAACAAAGGAGAAGAGCUCAAGGUUUACCUACUGAUAAUCCUAACAUUGUAACUGGUGCCAAUGUUCAGGUGUGCUGGGAGAAAUUUGCAAGGUACUUUGAGGUAGAGCUCAAAGAGGUGAAGCUAAGUGAAGGAUAUUACGUGAUGGACCCAGCUAAAGCUGUAGAGAUGGUUGAUGAGAAUACAAUCUGCGUUGCAGCUAUUCUUGGAUCCACACUUACCGGAGAGUUUGAGGAUGUGAAGACACUAAACGAUCUCUUAGCUGAGAAAAACGCAGAGACUGGUUGGGAUGUUGCUAUUCACGUUGAUGCAGCCAGUGGAGGAUUCAUUGCUCCUUUCCUCUACCCUGAUCUCGAAUGGGACUUUAGGCUUCCAUGGGUGAAGAGCAUCAAUGUCAGUGGUCAUAAGUAUGGACUUGUCUAUGCAGGAGUUGGUUGGAUUGUCUGGAGAACCAAAGAUGAUUUGCCUGAGGACCUUGUCUUUCACAUUAACUACUUAGGAGCCGAUCAACCCACUUUCACUCUUAAUUUCUCUAAAGGGUCGAGCCAAAUCAUUGCUCAGUACUAUCAGUUUAUCCGCCUAGGCUUUGAGGGAUACAAGAACAUAAUGGAAAACUGCAUGGACAAUGCAAGGAGGCUAAGAGAAGGAAUAGAGAUGACAGGAAAGUUCAACAUUGUGUCUAAAGAUAUUGGUGUGCCGCUAGUGGCAUUCUCUCUCAAAGACAGUAGCAAACACACCGUGUUUGAGAUAGCAGAGUCUCUGAGGAAGUUCGGAUGGAUAAUACCGGCUUACACUAUGCCUGCAGAUGCACAACACAUUGCUGUGCUGAGAGUUGUGAUCAGGGAAGACUUUAGUCGAGGCCUUGCAGACAGACUCAUCACACAUAUCUUACAGGUACUGAAAGAGAUCGAAGGGCUUCCUAGCCGGAUUGCGCAUAUAGCAGCUGCUGCAAAGGUUAGUGGUGGUGAAGAGAAGACUGCCAAGAUGUCGUUGGAGGAUAUCGCUAAGUAUUGGAAACGUCUUGUGGAAAACAAAAGAAAUAUUGUCUGUUAGGACCUAAGGGGAAGAUAAGUCUUCAUGCUUCUUCUUUGAACCAAUAACGUGUUUGGUAAUAAGGUUUUCAGUUUAUAACUUGAACUUCCUUUUUGUUUUUUUCCUUCCUGGCAUUUUCUUUAUUUGAUGGUAAUCUCUUAUACAAUAAAGCAGAUUUUUUUUUUCCAUAGGGGAAAAAAGACAUGUGGCACUCUAACUUUGAGUUUUGUUGA